CAGAAUCCUCAUGUCACGUGGACAGAUGUGCCCCUCCCACCUCACUGUGACGUCACAGGCUCUGUGUGUGUGUGUGUGUGUGUGUAUUGUAUAAAAGCGGAGUCGCUGCGAGCAACCAGAUCAACAGCAGGAGACAUGCAGAGCACUCCGAAGCCCCAGUUCGCCAGCUGGCUCAUUGAGCAGGUGGAGACGGGCCAGUACACAGGUCUGUGCUACGUGGGCCAGAACAAGUUCAGGGUCCCCUGGAAGCACAACUCACGAAGGGACUGCAGGGAUGAGGACAGUAAAAUAUUCUGGGCGUGGGCCGUCGCAAGUGGUAAAAUCAACGAGUUCCCCAACGACAAGGCCCGGUGGAAAACCAACUUCCGCUGCGCCCUCAACAACCUCUCCAGGCGCUUCAAGAUGAUGGAGGACAAUUCCAAGAAUCCCGUCUUCCAAGACGACCCUCAUAAAGUCUACGAAAUCGUCAACACCGAGCCACGACACGAGAGUCUGCCAAAACAAGACUCCCAGGAGGAUUCUGUCAUGACUCCAGACAUCUUCAGCUCUCCCACAGUGUGCUUCCCCGCAGGAAACGAGUACAAUCUGGUUAACUAUUUCACGGCCUUGGGCCUCGGCAACCAUCCAAUAGAGGAGCCAAUGUUGGCAGAGAACUACUGCCAGCCCAACGCAGCCGUCCCCGGAAGUUAUCCUGUGGCAGCCGAGAAUCACCCGCAGGUUAUUCCAGAUCAGCCGUCUUACUACGAGGUAACUCCUCCACUCGUCCUCAGUUCUCCUCUGCAGCUGACUAUUUACGACCUGGAGAUCUCCAUCUGCUACAGGAAAAGAGAAAUGCUAAAGACCACGUUGAGCACAGAACGACUCCAGCUCCACUACCAGCACGAGGCCCCCGAGCUCAACGCCCAUCCUCUCUGCUUCCCCUCCACCGACGGCCUGCUAGACCACAAACAGAUCGACUACACCAACCGCAUCCUCACCAGCAUUCAGAAGGGUCUGCUGCUGGAGGUCCGUGAGACUGGCAUCUAUGCCUGGAGGCAGGACAGGUGCCACGUGUUUGCCAGCACCAGUGACCCCAGCGUUGCCCACCCCCACCCGACAAAGCUGCCCCAGAACACCAUGGUGGAGCUGCUCAACAUUGGGAAGUAUGUCAAUGAACUGAAAAAGUUUAGGGAGAACAACGGGGGCUCUCCUGACUACACCAUCAACAUGUGCUUCGGAGAGAAGUUUCCCGACGGAAAACCUAUGGAGAAGAAACUCAUCACAGUCAAGGUGGUCCCGCUGAUCUGUCGACACUUUCACGAGAUGGCCCAGAUGGAGGGGGCUUCGUCUCUCCACAGCGCCAACGUCAGCCUGCAGAUCUCGCACAACAGCCUCUACGAUCUCAUCAACUCCGUCUUCGGGCUGCCGCUGACGGACGAAGACCCCGCGCGGGCCGCUGCCGAUUUCCUACAUUAGAUCAGAAGUUUCAGCAGCAAUUGCCUCUAAAUGGGACUUCUUUUCUUUUUUUUUACUUUCCUAUGGGACCAGCAUGAUGCGACAUAUCCUGCUCUUAUCCAAAGCUUUGCUAUUUAAAAGAAAUAGCCAAUCCAUCCUGACCGGAUGAUUUGUGCGACAGUAGCUGAAGCUGGAAAGAACAGAAUCAUUAUUUGGUCAUCGCUUCACUGCUUCACAUUAGUCACAAACUGUUGGCAAAGCUGAUAUUUUUCAUCACUACAAAGUAGAAAUUGUCUCCUCUAUUACCCGACUGAUUCUCCCACAGGCCUUGCUUCCGAAGAAACUUUUAUAAGAUUGCUGUAAAUAUCAAGUUAUUUAAUGCCAUGUUUUCUUUCAGUAGAUUUUUUCAUAAACAAAAUGAUUAAUAUGAUGAUUAAUCUAUUUUAACGUAGAGCUUGUAAAUUUCUGAUCACAUUUGUGAGGUCUUACGUUUUUUUGUGUCAUACAGCCACUGACUGCAAUAUGUACAGUGUACACGUCUGUGGUGAAUUGUUAUUUUGCACUUCCACGUUCAACCGUUAUCCUAUGCUGGUUAUUUUGUACGUUUCAUAUUAAAUAAAUCCAACAGUUUAACCCUAAA